ACACCUACCGUUAAGCUUUCCCCCAUAUUGAACUUCCAGCAAUGACUGUCUACUCGUUCUAUAUCUUUGACCGCCACGCGGAAUGUAUCUACAAGCGCCGCUGGCUCCCACGCCCGGUGUCCAUCGUGGGGAAAUCAUCGCGCAACGAGAGCCCAGCCCAGUCUGGCACCGCGGGAACUGGCCAGACGAUGCGCACUACGGACGAUGACUCAAAAUUGGUGUUCGGUACGGUGUUCUCGCUCCGGAACAUGGUCCGCAAGCUGGGUGGUGAUGAGGACAACUUCGUGUCCUUCAAUACCAGCCAAUAUAAGCUACAUUACUACGAGACACCGACCAAUAUCAAGUUCGUGAUGUUGACGGAUACCAAGAGCCCCAGCAUGCGCAUUGCUCUACAGCAGAUCUACAUCAACCUCUAUGUGGAAUACGUUGUGAAGAACCCCCUCUCUCCCGCGGAACACCCAAGCGGCGUGGGCGUCAACAAUGAGCUGUUUGAGGAGUCAUUAGAGCAGUUCGUGACUCGUGUUCUAUCUUGAUUCGCAGUAGACUUUCUACCAGUCAAUUGGUACCGUCGGCCCUACCACGAGGGCUUGAAGCUGGCGAUUGGAAACCUCUCCCACUGCCAGCCGGCUUCCUAAACCCAACAAAUCUCCACACAUCACGUCCUAAGCAGCCUGAGAUGGAGCAAACGGAGAGACAAGAUGUAACACGCCGCAGUUUCUUCUUUCCCACCGCCCUGCAGACCCAAUACCCGCGCCCUAUACCGCCUUUUUCAGAUCAGAUUAAGGUGCCAGUCAAUGUGGCAGAUAUCCCACGUGGCGGGGUACCGGCACUCGAUAAGCGGGUUCUCGGACGCAUCCAUCCCUGCAUACAGCGCUCUCCACUAUCAGCCAGGAACAAGGACCGAGGUCGCAAUUGAGAGCGGGUGAUUCCGGACAGCUGGAGGAUAGGGCAGCAAUUUCGGCAUUAACAAGCUUCUCACGUCAUUGCAUCUGAAGUAGCGUGUCUGAAUGAAUUCCCAAGAAGAACGUUGUCGUGCCGUCAUAUAACGGUGCAAUAUCCUGUUUCUUUGUCCAGUCCCUCGUCUCUUGUGGCUCCCAUCCGUAUCCACUCGUAUCAUAGCGAUCGUCAGACUAAGGUAGACUGCAAGUGAGAUAAAGCCAUACUACUUGGAGAGAAUCCAUGACGCGACCCUGUCAAGGGCAGACAAACUCACACUCCCGAG